AGCGAUGACAGACGAAGAAGCAACAGGCUCAAAACUGGGCUCAUUCUUGUAACGACAACAAAAAGCGAAAGACGAAAACGCAGCGCGGCGUGCAAUAAUAGUGGUAGCAUUAUAUUUAUUAAAACCUCAAGCGUUAAGAACCAAAAACGUUUUUGGAACGCAUCACUGCGGUUGUAACUGUUUUUUGUUUUUGUUUUUGUAACUGAGCUGUUGUUGUCGUGUGUGUUGCCGUUGUUGUUGGUGCAACUGCGUGCACAGAAUUUGUGAAAAGAGAAAGUUUUCUUUGGCAGCAGUAAAUAUAAAAAGCUGAAUUGGGUUAAACAACAAUUUUAAACAAAAAUGGGAACCAAACAAACUGUGGCGCCUGGCAGCCAAAAGGUGGCCAAGCAACAAGUCAAGAAUGUUUCAACUUCCCCCACUUCCGCAACGACUUCCGCGUCUACUUCCAAUACGGACUCAAAGAAAAAUGGACGUCGCCAUCAGGAGGCAAAUGCGUUGCCACCACAAAAAUCGGUGAUCGUCGCCUAUGUGCUUUGGCUAUUUGGCGGCAUCUUUGGUCUGCAUCAUUUGUACUUGCAUCGCGAUCGUCACGCCUUUAUCUGGUGGUGCACACUUGGUGGCUACAUGGGCGUCGGCUGGCUCAGCGAGAUCUUCAUGAUUCCGGAGUAUGUCCGCGAUGCCAACGAGCAUCCGCAGUUCGUGCAGAGUUUCGUGGCCAAGCUGCAGGCGUAUCAACGUCCACCGUAUUCGGCGAAACGUUUCCUUGGCCAGAUCAUGAUUGGCUAUCUGUUUGGCCAGCUGUUUGCCUCGGCCAUACCACAAACCAUUGUUGCGGGCAUCGAUUUCAGUUGGCUGCACUGGCUCAUUCCGCUCUUCAUCUCGCUGGGCAUCUGGACGGUGGGCAACAUUGGACGCGAAUGCGGCGUUUUGUGGCCCUGUUUGCUGGGCGCCUUUGUCACGUAUCCAGCGCGUUAUUUCAUCUACGAUGAGACAUAUUCGCUGCUAUUGACGGCACUGGUCUCUGCCCUGGCUUUCGAUGCAGUGUCCAAGCAGUGGCGUCGCACGCCGCCGCGUCGUCGCAGUCCCACGGAACGCACCCUGAAGUUUACGGGAGCUCUGUGCAUUUAUCUGGGCGUCUGGGGCUGUGUGAUCUUCUUCAAUGGCACCAUACCCGACGAGGAUGGCGGCGAAGUGCCCAUACAUGAGGCAUUGCACAACUUUUUGGCCUCUGCCUGGUGGACGGAUCUGAAGCAGGCCCUGCUCGACACCUACAAUUAUGCCCAGCACCAUGGCUGGUAUGAAACGUGGCGCGAAGUCUUCGAGAGCAUGGAUGUGGAUGGAGAGCGCAAUGCGUACAAAGUGCUGGGCGUUAGUGCGACAGCAUCGCAGGCGGAUAUUACGGCCGCGUAUCGCAAGCUCUCCAAGGAGAACCAUCCCGAUAAGGUCAAGGAUGAGGCGUUGCGUCCGGCGGCUCAUCAGCGUUUCAUUGAGAUCCAGCAGGCGUACAGUGUGCUGAGCAAAAUCAAAUCGAAUCGACGACGCAAGAACAAGCAAUCCAACAGCGAUGAGGAUGCCAUUGUCCUUUAAUGUUAAGUCGUAAUCUUAAGUCGAAACUAGACGAAUGUGCUUUUAUGCAUAUCAUAUUUUAAAUCAAGUCCAAUGUGUAGAUGACGUGGCCAAAUCAAAUCAGAGAGAGAGCGUGACUUGUCACAACAACAAGACCAUUUGAGGCCACAUUGCACUUGGUAAUAAAUUAACAAUAUUUAUUUA